AAAAUACCGUGGAACAAACAAGAAAGCCAGCGUGCAGAAGUUUGUUCGGGAAUGUUCUACUAAAAUCAAUCAAAACAAAAAUAUUUUGGGUGUCUUCCAAGUCUCAACUUCCUCAACAUUGUUCUGUCUUUAGCACAGCCCCGUGCUAUGUGUUCUCCAUUCACUGUCCUCUCAUUGUUAGUCACCCAGUCAUUUCCCUGAUGUGCAGAUCUUAAGUAGGCAUACUGAACAGCGAUGGGAAUGACAUACCUUUUCCUGAUAUUGGCAGUGUUUUCUGUUGUGGUCAAGAGUCAGCUCAAACCCCAGGUUUCCAUGGUCCUCACAUUCAAGCAAGUCUACUCUGGGGAUACAAUAAUUCUGAGUUGUGACAACAGCAUAGGUAAGGUAAAAUGGUUAUUCAACAAGGUUGAGGAUCAAAAUCAAGCCAACAAGACAUGGAGCAUAAGGGCUGUCUCCGCUAAGAACUCCGGCUCAUAUCAGUGUGAGAACAAUGGACAGAAGAGUGACAACUUCAACAUCACAGUUCAAGAGUACCUUCCACCUGCUACUCUGUUGCUCAAGUCAGGGGAGCCAGUCAUCAACAUAAAUGGCUCAGUAGUCCUGGAGCUGCUGGUGGAGGAGGAUGAGAGUCUGAAGGGAUGGUGCUGUUGGGUGUACAAGGCUGGGAGAGUAGGAAGAAUAACACUCAAGAAAAGUCUGACGACCGAAAAUCACAAAGUGUUGACCUUUCAACCCAGCAAACUGAAAGACAACGUCGCCAUCUACUGGUGUAGUGACGAGAAUAACCUGAGGAGCACCCCCCUCACCAUCAAGACCUCAGACCGGGUCGUACGGAUGAUGAUAUUGCCUGGGCCUGCUCUUUUGGGGGAGAAACUGAGUCUGCGGUGUGUUGUGUCGGGGACCGACCGAAUUAGCCACACUAUAUUCUACAAGGAUAAACAGACGAUAAAAGACGGUUCCAGUUCUUCUCAUGUUAUCAACAAUGUGACCGAGUCCGACCAGGGGGUAUAUAGCUGUCAAGCCACCUUUACGCGAAGCAACAAAGGAGUGCCAAACACAGUCAACUCAACUCAACAAGAACUGAUUGUUUCAGCACCCCCUAUGAAGGCAGUUGUCUCUGAGUCCGCUGGCCUGUCCUGCUCAUGCUCCAGCUGCCCCAACGGCGCCUUCUAUCACUGGUACUACAAACAGCACAAUCCUCAGUGGCUACCUAAAGGCAUCAGCGAAAGCUACACAGGUUUCAUGCCGGCUGGUAGUUACGCAUGCAGAGCAGUGUGGAAAAACGGGAGGUCUGCACUAAGCAAUAUCCAUCAUUUGACAGAUGACGUCGACGCUCAAGAGACACAUGUGCUACUGAUCACCAUUGGGUUGAUCGUCUUGGGGGUUAUGCUGGUCAUAGGAGCCAUAGUCAUGUAUCGCAAGAGGAGGACUAGGGAAGAGGCCAUUUACCAAGAUAUGCCCCUGAUGACAGUGAAGUCGCAGGAUGGAGGAGAUGGGGGGUACGAGGAGCUCCACAAAAAACAUGGUACCAAGAGAGAGGGAGAGUACGACACCCUGAACACAACUCCAGCACAAGCAGCAGGAGGAGAGAAAACAGAGGGAGCGUACGAAGCGCUGAAGAAAGCAGAAGGAAAGGAGGAGGAGUACCACACCUUGGAGGAAGGAGCGGCGAAAGGUGGGGAUGGGGGGUAUGAAGCGUUGAAAAAGUCCAAAGAUGGGGGAACUGGGGAUCUGUACCACACCUUGGGGGCGAAAGGUGGGGAUGGAGGGCAUGGGGGGUAUGAAGCGUUGAAAAAGUCCAAAGAUGAGGGAACUGGGGAUCUGUACCACACCUUGGGGGCGAAAGGUGGGGAUGGAGGGGAUGGAGGAGAUGAAGCAUUGAAAAAGUCCCAAGAUGGGGGAACUGAGGAUUUGUCCCAUGCUUUGGGGGCAGAAGGAGGCAAAGAGUGAGAUGGAGAGUUUGAAGCAUUGGAGAAGGCUAAAGAGGGGUAUACCGAUCUCUGGGAGCAGAAAGGGGAGAGGAGAAGUAGGCCUAAAUCUGAGACUAUAGCAAGUCCUGUAAUGACAAGAGGAAAGGUGGGGUGUAGGAUCGGUGGCGUAGCGCAGUUUUGCA